GCGCGUCAAUCAGUGGAGUGUGUUGAAAGUUCAUUUCGAAACUCGCUCUUCUUUAGCUCGACCAGAUAAGCUCUAUAUACACAUUUUCCACCAACUGAGCGUAGCAGAAGGCACCUGUCGUAAGUGUCAAUGAUGGCUGCUUUGUGUCGUUCUGUGGGUUUUUGCGCCGCUCAUCUACACACAACCAGUCGUUCCUCUGCCAAACAGCAUUACAAAAUGUUGGUGCUAGGUGGAGGAAGUGGAGGAAUUGCAAUGAGUGCACGCAUGAAGAGGAUGUUGGGAGCUGAAAACGUGGCUGUAGUGGAGCCCAGUGAGAUGCACUACUAUCAGCCUCUGUGGACUCUGGUUGGUGCGGGUGCUAAAACUGUUGCUUCAUCAGGAAGGCCCACAUCAAGCAUUAUACCAUCUGGUGUCAGACUGGUGAAAUCUAAAGUUGAGGAAAUAAACCCGGAUACAAACACCGUCCGCACUGAUGACGGAACUGAGAUGUCGUAUGAUUAUCUGAUUGUGGCUCUUGGUUUGCAGCUUCACUUUGAGAAGAUUAAAGGGCUUCCUGAGGGAUUUGAGCAUCCAAAAAUCGGAUCCAACUAUUCUGUUGAAACUGUGGACAAAACUUGGGCAGCUUUACAGGCCUUCAAAGAAGGCAACGCUGUGUUCUCCUUCCCAAACACGCCAGUUAAAUGUGCUGGAGCGCCACAGAAGAUAAUGUACCUCUCAGAUGCUUUCCUCAGAAAAACAGGAAAGAGGGCAAAGGCCAAUAUCAUUUACAACACAUCGCUUCCUGUAAUUUUUGGGGUGAAGAAAUAUGCUGACUCACUUUGGGACAUCGUGAAGCAACGUGAUAUCAAAGUCAACCUGAGGCAGAACCUGAUUGAAGUGCGUGCGGAUAAACAAGAAGCUGUUUUUGAGAAUCUUGACAAACCGGGCGAGAUUACAGUCUUUCAGUACGAUAUGCUUCAUGUCACCCCACCCAUGGGACCCAACUCUGUGAUAAAAGGCAGCCUGCUGGCUGAUGAGGCUGGCUGGUUGGAUGUCGACAAGGAAAACCUUCAACACAAGAGGUACCCAAACGUGUUCGGGAUUGGAGACUGUACAAACUUGCCGACUUCAAAGACGGCUGCUGCUGUCGCCGCACAGUCUGCAGUUCUGAACAGAACCAUCAAAAAGAUAUUGAAAAACGAAAAACCAGAUAAAAAGUACGAUGGCUACACAUCAUGUCCACUGGUGACAAGCUACAACACGGUCGUUCUGGCCGAGUUUGACUACAACGGUCAACCACUGGAAACAUUCCCCAUCAACCAAGCCAAGGAAAGGAGGCUCAUGUACCACAUGAAAGCUGAUGUGAUGCCGCAUCUCUACUGGCAUGGGCUCCUCAGGGGCCUAUGGGGCGGACCAGAACCAUUCAGGAAACUCCUGCAUCUUGGAAUGAAAUGAUUGCGGACGAUGAAUCAUCAGUGGGCAUAUUUGAAAAGCCGCUUUUCCUGAACAGGAUAUAUGUAAGCUUGACCUUUUAUAUGAGCAAAGAAUAAAAUGGCGUUUCUUGUUUGUAUUCAGCUUCUCUUAAAGAGAGCGUGGUAUGCUAAAUGAAUAAAAGAAUUCCCUCACCAAAGGAGUUCACUUGCUAAGCAUCCGCUGCUUUGUUUAAAGCCAAAACAAAUAUAUUGGCGAGAGGACUCGCGUACCACAGCAUUAGGUACACUUGUAUAAUCUAAUCGGCCGCUUCCUGCUUCCUUUACAGUAAGAUAAUAAAUGUGAUUGACACAAGCAUCGAUUCAGUAAUUAAGGAAUACUGUACAAUAGUAAACAAUAACGUUGAAUUUUGUUAAAUUAUUACUCAUCUGACAUGGUUGUAGCAAGAAUCAAAUGACAUACAAUGCAUUUCAAGUUUCUUUAAUUUUAUUGCUAUUAAUGUGACAAUUAGUUCUGUUCACUGGAUCCCCCCCACCCCUCUCCCCCAAUGAUCCUUUUGCCACCUAUGUAAACUUCAUUAUAAUUCUUUCUCAUUGUCAUCAGUUGAAAUGGCUUUUGUUGCACUAUACAACCAGCUCUCAGUAAGGCUUUUGGUCUGAAAUUGGCUGUGGGACAAUAAAUUUUUUUCACAGUUUAACUCGCAAUGUGAGGAUUUUUCCAAGUUGUGUAAUUGUACGCUGACGCCAAAAAUUGGUCAUUUUUGCUUAAUCACAGUCGGUCUUCCUUGUAUGUCGCAAUGUGUAUUCAGUCAUUUCUACAGUAUGUUAACGAAAGCUAAAAGUCUGCCAUUGUUUUUAGUCUGCUCUGAAAUAAUGCAGUUUCAGAAACCGAUUUAAAGGUGACAUUUUUGUUGGAGUCUAAACAAAUGAGAAAUAUUUUCAAAUUGCCUUCUGGAAAAAAUAACGGUGAUCACCUGUCAUUCACAGUACUAACACCUAAAAGAGGCAGACGAGCAUUCACUUCUUUCAUGCCCGUGGGCUGUGUAGGUGGCUGCAAAAGAUACUUGUACCUUUAAGUUAAGAGUAGAGGAACAUCUGGUGUAUAAAAUGAAAUGCUAUUCUGGAAGGACUUUGGUCUUUGAAACCGGAGGAUUACAGUUGAAGUCUCACUGUGGACAAAUGCAGAAUGGCAACUUGUUGAAGCGAUACAAGUCUUCCUGUCCUCUUUGGAUGUGUCGUUGAGCAAGGUGACUCAGCUCAGCUAUCACAGUAAUCUUCGUGCACACUUUUCACUCUGACAUCUCUUUAUGCACGCCGACACAUGUGUGAUUUGGAUCUUUGUUAGUUUUGCAACACAUGUAGAGAGCAGUCUGGGAAUUGUAUUUCCCCUUGAGGGAUUAUAGUAGCUAAAAUAACACAUUAAAAUGGUUUCUGAUUUUAUAUAUCAUGUUGAUUAUUGUUUUUAAAACCCUAGUGCGAAAGCAAAAAGUCAAGUAUCUCCAUAUUCAGGACCAAAACAAGAGCAAUGUGUGCCAAGGUGACCUUCAUAAGUUGAUUGUGACAUGGAGCAGAAAGUGGAGUUGACAAUCACAAAUCACACAAAAAAUGGAAAACAAGGACGUUCAAGAUGACGAGUGUUGUUCUUAAUAUUUUCAUGUUCUCCUUUGCCACCAAUUUUAACUAGGAAGUACCGUACAUAGUACAAUGCAGGCAGACAACAUGGGCUGUCAAUUGUAAAUGUGCUAAAAGUGCUGCUAAAAAAUUGACAACGGGCUGGAUUUUGCCCCACGGCCAAUAGUUUGGACACCACUGACAAAUUAGAGUAUUACUUGGUUCAAACCACUGUUCCACAAGCGAUAUAAGAGGUGUCAUAUUGGGAUAAUUUUGUAAAAAAAA